UAAAGUAACUUCCAAUGGCUUUAACAGUUUAUAACUUGACAACCAUCACGGUGAUGGCCCUAUUAAAUGUCAAUUUCAAAGGGCGCCUGGGAAAUAGAUAAAAAGGGGUGGAAUGUAACGUGUUUGAAUUCCUGGCUGUUUCGUGCAGUAGUUUCUGUCCGCAACUAAAGUGAAUUGAGAAUCCGCACUGGAAACGUUAAAAAAUGCAGAGAGUAGAUUUAAUUGUAUGUAUGAACAGGAUAGCAAGAAUGCAGUUAUUAAUUGUUAAAUAUUGGAAACUUGGGAAAUUGGGAAAUCUGGAUAUGCGGGGAGAUUCAUAAUUUAGAGUCGACACAUUAGGUCAAUCAGCUAAAAUCUUUGACUGUUAAAGUCCAGAUAUCACCUGAAAUAGAAAUGGUAUUUAGACAGAGGCGGGUGUAUGAACGAGUAAAUUUUCUCCCUCUGACCGUUUUUGAAAACUGCGCAACGCCGUGCGGCCGGUGAUCGCGGUCCGAAGUACGGCGGCACUACCUCUUUUUUAAAUGGAAGCUCGGAAAAUAGAGGAAAGAAAAAAAAGCGUGCUGGAUUUUUCAAAGAAGAUUGGUGAUUAAACUGGCGAAUUUAGUACUAAGUUCGUCGCAUGAUGCUUCCAAGUCCGGUCACGUCGACGCCAUUCUCGGUGAAAGACAUCCUAAAUCUGGAGCAGCACUCGCACCAGCAAGUAACGCAUCAUUUGCGGCAGGAUUUAACGUCUCAUUUCCAGUCGCCGUCUUCUUGCAUGCACGCCGCGGGAGAAAUUUCCACCUUCUCGGAUGACGAGGAGAAAAUUUCCUUUCUGAACUCUCUGUCCGUGCAAGACAGUCAGGGGGACGUGAGCCUUUCUCCCGAGCUUUAUGUUCACGGAGCACUCAGGAGUCCGUGCGAAAACAAACUAGAAGACGUGACUGUGCGGGACCGGGACAAGAAGAACUGCAGCUUGAAGAAGUCUCCAGAAAGCGAGGAUAAUAGGAGUGAAGAUGCGGAGCGUCCGAAGCAGAGGCAGAGAAGGAAACCUCGCGUGCUGUUCUCACAAGCUCAGGUCUUUGAAUUGGAGAGGAGGUUUAAGCAACAGAGAUACCUAUCCGCGCCGGAGAGGGAACACCUGGCAAACAGUCUAAAACUGACCUCCACCCAGGUGAAGAUCUGGUUCCAGAACCGGCGUUACAAGUGCAAGAGACAACGCCAGGACAAAUCCUUGGAGCUCGCAGGGCACCACCACCCACCCCCGCCCAGGCGCGUGGCCGUUCCCGUGCUGGUCCGGGACGGCAAGCCGUGCAUAGCAGGAUCCCAAAGUUACAGCAGUCCCUACAGCGUCGGAGCCAACGCGUAUGCUUACAACGGCUACCCAACCUCCUACGCCAGUUACGGCGGCAGCCCGGCCUAUAACGCGAACUAUACGUACACCAGCAUCCCGUCACUGCAGCCUUCCUCAGCGCCCAAUGCCUUUAUGAAUGUGGAUCUCGGUAACGUGAACAGCGCGAUGCAGACACAGACACAUCAGGCGUCCGCCAUGCCCGCUUGCCAAGGAACUCUGCAAGGUAUCAGGGCCUGGUAAGAAGUCUUCUGAGCUCAGUCGUUUUGGAUGUAUCAGGUGUCUCUGAACAUUUUAUAUGUCGGUCAUUCGAUUUUUUUUAAAAGGGCCACCCACCGUUAUCAUUACAUUUCACGAGCACCGACUGGAAAAGCCAGUGUUGAUCGACACCCGGUGCAAAGCUGGGCGCCAAAUAUUAAUAUGUCCCUCCUGUCUGUAAUGUUACAUAUUAUUUCCUAAAUCGUGUAAUUUUUCACGGUAUGGUUUGAUUGAAUGUUAGGCUUCCUCAGGACAUAUAAACCAUUUUAAGCAAUGUUACAUCCCAACCCUGAUCAUCUUCUGCCCUCCUGAAUUGUUUUGACCAACAGUGGUCACAGGAUGGUGUGGGUGGGAGGGGGAGGGGUAGAGAGGUAGGAAACAAGACAAAGGAGAUAAAUUCCAGCCACACCCUUUAAGUUAGUGGAAUACCACGUUCAUUUCACAUCAUUUCUCGCGUCCUGACAAUUCAAGCAUUUCUUCCACUGAGAGCUUGGGUUGGAAUAGCAGAGAGAGAGAGAGAGAGAGGGAGAGAGAGAGUCGCCCUACGAAUAAUUUCGUCUUCCCUUGCAGAUGCGGGUGCAAGUACUGUAUCUAUUGCCCGUCGCUCCGCGCUGUUCGGUCAAGGCGACCUGCCGCCUUCUAGAGCUGAACCCAAUUGGUAAGGCCUGUCCACAUCAGAGGCAACCUCACAGACGUGGGGCUGGAGUCACCAGAAGACCAGAUUGGUUUACUUCUCCAAAGUGGGGAAAAAUAGUUAGGGCCCUUAACUGCUGCCAUAUUUAUUUCCGUUGUAUUUUUUAACAUCUCAAGUUUUCCAACUACCGCGAUGGGUUUUUACUCAAGGCCACCCAUAUAGAGGGAAGCAAUGUUUGAACUCAGCCUUCCAUCCCCAUUGGUAUCAUCGAUGCCCCUAUUUCCGAGGGUGAUUUGACAGACCCCAGAACGCUUCCGCAUCGUUGUGAAGUCAUGCGGCAUUUAGAGAGUCCUCUCUGAAAGGGAGGAGACUAGGCUUGCUUUAAGUGCCUCAAAACACGAUAUCAGCAAAAAUACACCACGAAAUCUCUACAAAUUCCCAACCAGAACGAAGGAACUAUUAACGUGUCUACAUUUUUCUCCGAAAAAAAGUGUAUCAUGCAUUCUGCAGAAUGAUCAUCUAAAUUGUACUUUAGUUGUGAUUGUAAAAAUUUUAAACGACAUGUAUAAAGUUGUAUAUAUAGCAUAGCCAUUGUUAGUGAAGGAACUCCCCUCCCCCGGCUUGUAUAAUACAUACUACUAUACAAAGAAUUGUUGGAAUACACUAAAUGAAUUAAAAAAUAAACGUUGAGGUGCAAUAUGUUCAUAAAUGUACUUUGUGCAGACAUAUUUGUUUUGGGUCCGGUAUUUUUUUGAUAGGCAACUAUACGACUGCUCCGGUAUAUAUAAAAAAAAACACGAGGAACAUUAACAAAACGUUGCUCAUUUUAAAACAGCAGUUAAAAUAUCUUCCCAUGUGUUGGGUCAUUGGACAUUUGUACCUGAAGAUAACUGCCGGUAAGAGUGCACGCGUCGCUUAAACAUACAAGCGUGAUUAAAAGCUUUGCGAAGUAAAGACAACUGCAGGCACCCGGUUUGCAUUUCUCCACAUUUUAACUGAUCCUCGUACUGGAGCCACCAGUGGAGGGUUCGGCUAGGUAUGAAAACACCACCUCAACUCUUUGAGAAAGCUCACAAGUAAUAAAAAGUAGCCUCAAGUAUUUAAGUCACUUUUUUGUUUCUAGUUUCAGUGUGGAGAAUUAAAAUUGUUAGUCUUUUAAAAAGAAUGUACCCCUGGAUGAAACUUAAUUCUGUGU